AGAGAGGUGAGGUUCCCGGAAGCGCUGGGCGGGAGGAAGUGUGUGCUGGAGGGCGGUGGGAGCGUGGCAGCCCAAGCAGGGGACCCACAUGGCUUCCUGGGGUCCCACCGCGGUGCUCUUGGUGGUUCUGCCGCUGGUGCCGGCCCCCGGGCUGGGGGGAGCCGUCGCCGACGACAGCGAUUGGGUGAAGCUGCCUAGUAAAUGCGAAGUGUGCAAGAUUGUGGCAUUGGAAUUAAAAUCCUCCUUUGAUGAAACUGGCAAGACAAAGGAAGUGAUUGACACAAAGUAUGGCUUCUUGGAUGGCAGGAGUUCUCAAAUAAAGUACACAAAAUCGGACAUUCGCCUAAUUGAUGUUCAAGAAAGCAUCUGCAACAGGCUGUUGGCAUACAACCUACACAAAGAGAGGACGGGAAGCAACCGGUUUGCAAAGGGCAUGUCUGAGACAUUUGAAACUCUUCACAACCUGGUCCAUAAAGGAGUGAAAGUGGUGAUGGAUAUUCCUUAUGAGCUUUGGAAUGAAACCUCUGCAGAAGUGGCUGACCUUAAGAAACAGUGUGAUACAAUGGUGGAGGAAUAUGAAGAUGUUAUUGAAGACUGGUACAAAAACCACCAGGAAGAAGACCUGUCUCAGUUCCUCUGUGCAAAUCACGUUUUGAAAGGAAAAGACACCAGCUGCUUGGAAGAGAAGUGGAAUGGCAAGAAAGGGGACACAGCAUCUUCAGGGCAGAAGAAAACCAAGAAAAAAGAUGGCAAAACCAAGAAGAAUACAAAAGCUAAAAAGAGGAACAAGGACACGGUUGAGCAAGAAAUGGAGAAUGUGGAGGCCGGAGCCAGGGAGGCUCUAGAUCAAGCAAAGGCAGAAGGGAACAUUCAGAAAGUGGCUCCACUUUCGCACAAAGCCGAUGAACUUUAGGCGCCCCCCCUCCCCCACUCCCACUUCCCUUGAGUGUGGGGCUGCAAGCUUAUGCUCAGGCCACCAAGAACUGCUUUAGUCUGCCACAGUUGCAGGAUGGGAAGAUACUCUGAUACAGGUCAUUUCCUGAGGAGCAAUGAUCGUGGCCAUUUGGACUGUACUUGCCCAGUGUUAUUGUGUGCAGUUAUACCUUCCACAUCACAGGUGCAGAUUGGGUAGAAUUCAGCUAGCUCCUUGAGUACCCAGGGGGAAUGGAGCUAGGCAAUAAGCCCUUUCUAGAGACAGGGAAGUGCUGGCUGCUUGGACAAGGCUUAUCCUUGAAGGCUGAGUCUGCUAACUGUGUUGAUUCCCUCCCCUGCCCCCACUUGAGUUGCCACACACAGCUGUGAGAUGAGAGUUACAGGCUUGUUUUGUUUUGGUUUUUUGUGACAGUAUUCAUGGGUACUGAAUACCAGCACCUUUUUUUGGGUGUGGGGGCGUGUCUCCCAAGCCCUAAGGGGUGAAUUGGUAGAAAUCAGCACAUCCUUAUAGAAUUUAGUACUGGCUUUUUUCCCUUUUUUUUUUAAACAAGCAAGCACUAGGCAUGAAAGAUUUGCCCUUCCAGUAGCUCAUUUUUCAAGCUGUUGUACAAGACUUGACUGUGACCCCAGGAUAACUUGCCAGCUAUAACUUGGCACAUUCCCGAAAUGAGUUCCUUGAAAAGCGGGCUCUAGUUCUACCCUUUUCUGUCAUGCCAAUCAUGGAAUUUGCCUAGAGGAAAGUAGUAGUGAAGGUUCUACUGGGACAACAAAGGAUAUCAUACUUUUGUUGCCAUUCCAUUGUUUGGUGAGUCUUCUUCUCACCUUACUAAAGGUUUAGUUCUCUGUAGCAGCUCCAGCCUGGAGACACCUUGCACAUGUGUGUGAUACUUCCUCUUCCCCUACCCACCCUAAAAAAUUCUUUGCCUUUUUUUGCUGCAGUGAACACCCUUCCCGAUUUUCUGGUACAAAGAGUGUAAAUAAAAUUGUUUGCAUA